AUGUUAGGUAGAUCCACUACUGACUUUGUUGCCCCCACAAAAUAUCGCGUGGAUCAACAGUUCCGUGUUGGUAUAUACAAAGAGACUCUCUGUUUGUUGAUCUUUCUACUCCUAGAAAGCUCUGAGAUCUUGUUCCUCUCUUCACAAAAGAAAAUAGUUGAUUAUAGUGACGCGCUAGAAAUGUUCUGCAUGUACGCUUUUGGUCAGAAAGACCCUAAGGAUGGUUUCAGUGAUCUUCCUCAUAAAGUUGUGAGCCUUGUAGGUGAGCUUCCAUUGGGGCUAAAGGUUAUGGGAUCCUAUUUUCGGGGAAUGUCCGAGCAAGAUUGCAGAGAGGCACUACAAAGGUUAGAGGCACACCUUGAUCGAGAUGGAGAAAUUGCGAGCAUUUUAAAGUUUAGUUAUGAUUCCUUAUGUGAUGAAGACAAACGUUUAUUUCUUCAUAUAGCCAUCUUUUUUAACGGUGAAAAUUUUGAUAUAGUGGAAGGCUGUCUAGCAAACUGUUUUUCGGAUGUGAGACAUGGGCUUCACGUCUUAACUGAAAAAUCUCUCAUAUCUAAGUUUUUGGGAGAAAUUGAGGUGGCUAAGUUGCUAGUCGAGCUGGGAAGAAAAAUUGUGCGAGAACAAUCGGUUAAUGAACCUGGAAAACGCCAAUUUCUGACUGAUGCAAGUGAUAUUGCUGAAGUGUUGAGUGAUGAUAGAGCCGACAGUAGCAGCGUCAUAGGAUUUACUGUUGGGACUUUUCAGGAAAUAACAUGGACAAGCGAAAGAGCCUUUGAAAGAUUGUCUAAUCUUCAAUUCUUAAGAAUCCUUGGCAAAGGCGUUAAUCCGCGAAGUAUGAACCACAUAUCCCAAAAACUUAGAGUUCUGAUUUGGCACAAGUUCCAGAUGCCAUGUUUUCCUUCAAGUUUUAAUCCAAAGUUCCUAGUCAAACUAAAGAUGCCGUAUAGCAAGCUUGAAAAAUUAUGGGAAGAAACAAAACCUCUCAAUAAUCUCAAGUGGAUGGAUUUGAGUUAUUCAGAUUGUUUAGAAGAGCUUCCAGAUCUCUCAACUGCCACUAAUCUAUAUGACCUGGAUCUCUCACAUUGUUCAAGUCUCGUGAAACUCCCAUACUCUAUUGGAAAUGCAAUUAAUCUAGAAAAGUUGAAUCUCAGUGGUUGCUCAAGUUUGUCGGAGCUACCUUCCACUAUUGGGAAUAUAAUUAAUCUUCAAGAAAUGAAUCUCAGUUAUUGCUCAAGCUUGUUGGAGCUCCCUUCCUCUAUUGGGAAUGCAACUAAUCUCCAAAAACUGAAUCUCAGUCACUGUUCAAAUAUGGUGGAGCUUCCUUCCUCUGCAGAUAUUGAAGAGUUUGAUCCAUGUAUGGGGAGAUUAUCUCGUCUACGUCAACUUGUACUAAACGGAAUGGAGAAGCUGGUAUCACUCCCGCAGCUUCCCGAUUCGCUAUGUAAACUAGAUGCAGAAAAUUGUGAGUCCUUGGAGAGACUGGAUUGCUCCUUUCGAAAUCCGGAUAUUCGUCUCAACUUCCGUAACUGCUUCAAACUAAAUCAAGAAGCGAGAGAUCUCAUCAUCCGAACUCCGACAAAUGAAUAUGAAGAAGUGCCUCAGUGCUUCACUUACCGAUCAUCUGGGAGUUCCUUAACUGUGAAUUUGAAUCAAAUGCCUCUCGGCAAAUCGACCAAAUUUAAGGCUUGCAUCAUAUUACCUGGUGAUGUGGACGAAAAUGACAUGAGAUGUUGGCGAAGAUCAUAUCUCGUUUGUAGAAUCACGUCCGGAGGGAAUGAUCUCAAUACGUGUUUUAGAAAAGCAGAACGGGUUUUUCCGGGGCAUCUGUACACAUUCGAGGUUGAGGCUGAAACAGAGGAGAUGACUUCCACGGAGCUGGUUUUUGAGUUCGAGAUCCGGUUCGAGUAUUCACUUGUAGAAAGGUCCGAAGAAUGGGAGAUAAAAGAAUGCGGGAUGCUUCAAAUCUAUGAGGUCCCCUCUCUUCAUGCUGAUAAACAUUAUUGAGAGCUUCAAGGAGGAGCUGCUAUUGGUGAAGCAAACGGUCAUCUCACAUCUGGUCGUGACAACUUAGCCUCUGUCGCAAGGUAUCGCCUAACCUAUUAGAAGAAGAAGAAAAAAAUGAUGUAUGCAUCAUUCUGUAACUUUUUUUUUUUUGAAACACAGCUUAAUUUCAUUAAACCUUAAACUUCUUGAUUACAAUGGUUAGAGGGAAUUAUCCAUCCU